GCAAGACGGCAACACAGCAAGGCAGCAACACAGCAACACGGCAAAACAGCAACACAGGCCGGUCCAUGUCCAUGUCCGCUGCGUCGCAUCAUAUAGGCAGAUCUUGGAUGGCAGUCUGAAGCAACAUGACGAGCAACUCGACGCUGGCGCCGUCUUCGUCGGACCUGCUGCUGCUCGUGCCCCGGCUGGCUCAAAACAUGGUCCAUCUGGCAAGGCGCUUUCUGUGCGACCCGUCGCUCCCGCAUGCAAACAUGACCGAGACACUCGCGUCCCCUCUACUCAACAAGACGGCUACAAUCAUACAUGAGACCGUAGCUUCAGCCACUGCUCCUACCGCUACGCUCGCUGCCCACGCCCUGCCCGAAUCAAGCACCUAUCUAUCCUACCUCACAUUUCCCUUUUCCGCCGACUCGAUAAAGAACUUUGGCGGUGUCUUUUCGUACAUCGGCUCACGCUGGGCCCUCGCUACCUUUGCCAUUUCCAUCUUCCUCAAUCGCACCCACUUUUACGCUUCGUCCCGUCAGAACCUGGACCCUAAAUGGCAUACCCGUCUCCUACUGUACUCUGGUCCCAUCCUUCUCCUCUCCUACCAUGUCCUGUUCAUCUUGCAGACCCUCAAGUGCCAGACUUCGAUACACUACCCGACCUUACGAUAUGGCGACCCAAACAAGAUCCUGCCAAUCAACUUUGCCGCUGACGGCGGCUUUGUACACACUCUUGCUUCAACCGCCCUCUUCUGGAUGUCCGACGCCGACUCCUGUCGCGCCAUGAACAUGGACCGACAAGACGGUGAUCCUCUCAACAUCAUGGGCUCCUUCUCGCUGCUCUGGCCCCUCUUUCUGGCCCUCUGUUUCAGCCAGUUCAUCGAAACUUUGAAUUGUGCCCUUCAGGGAAGGCAGCCCUUGCCAGAGACCGGCAUGACCACUUUCGAACACUCUCUGGCCUUUGCCGAAUCGGAAGCCAUGCUUACCAACCUUAUCGGCUUGACUGCUUUUGCUCCAGCUGACCAAUCCCCCUCCUCGCACUCUGAUCCUUCAGAUGCUGUCUUGUUGACAAAGUCCAUGGUUCUCCAACAUCUCAAUGUCCCCACAGAGGUCUUGCUUAUCGCUCUCAUCUCUUGUCUGAGCCACAUUAGUAGCGCCGUGCUUGCAAUCACUGGCCGCCGACACCACAUGCGUCUCGUCAACACCGCUGUAUGGGCUGUAUGUUACAUGGCUGCUUUCUGCUGGAGCUUUGUCAACGCACUCCACAGCCCCUUGGGGUCGCAUGACCUUAGCAUUCUUCGCUUCCCGACAGUCUGUAUUAUAGGCUUCAUCCCUCACAUGCUCAUAAUUCUAGGCAUCCUGGUUUGCUCGUCCAUAUACGCCGUCGCUCUAUUGCUCAAUGCUCUAUCUCUUCCGCCAAACUCACCACCUAAUCCCUCAAUCAAGGAGCGCUUCUCAAUUGCCUUCAACAACAUGCAGGCGAACGUGCAAUUCUCUUCAGUCUCAUCCAUGAGGCUUAGUUGGACCGAGGACUUUUACACUGUUCUACUAAAAAUAGGCUUUAAUGUCCUUACGGCCGCGAGCGAGUCUGUCUUUUUGAAUGAGGGAAGCAAAAUCCAGAUCUAUGCCAUGACCUGGCUCGAAGAGGAACGCAUGCAAGAGUUCACUUCCAUGUUGGAGGACCGGCGCCGUGCGAGUCUUGUUCCAUCCGAUUUGCUCGACGAACGCAUCGCAAGAGGGCUCAGCUUCACCGAUCACAAGACCAUGGUAUCAUCAUCUGGCUUUGCUGUUGAACGCAGAUCGAAAUCAUCUGCCGAAAAUGCCAGUACCAGAGCAGUCAACAACGAUAACGGGCUCGGCAUCGCAGAACGUCGUGGUCGAUGGCAGCUUAGUUUUGAGUUUCUGAAAGGACUGUAUCUGUUGCUUGUUCGCAUCAACUGUCGUGUUGUCUUGACUUGUCUAUCGACGAUGGGCAUCGAAAGGACGCCCGGAUGGCUGACUAGGGCUGCUGAGUUGAGAUCACCUACUAGCUCUUCGGUUGCCAAACAACGGAACGCUCAACGAGCCUCGACACCUGACUUCUGGCUUGUUUCCGAACGCGGUGUGUUGUCGCUGCCGGAGAACGGAAACAUCGACGUGGAAGUUGAGAUGCGCAGACGGCUAGGGGCUCGAUAUUCCGCGGGCCACUCUACUGUAGCGGAGGAUGUUGUCGAUGCUGAUCUGUACGACUGGUGGAAGCGAGGUGGCUGGUGGGGAGAUCUCGAUACUAGCGGCAACUACGUGGCUCAGGAGCAGGACGACGACGCGACCAGUGUGGUUUCAAUGUCAACGAAUGCCACCAGUGAGGCCGACUCAGAGGAAGACAGUGGCAGGAGAACUCCAACACAAACCGACUAUCUUACUCGGAGUCGAGAGCAGACUCCCGCAACAGGCUUCGAAGUGACAGAUCUUGCUCGACUACUAGACCCCAAGACCGCGGCAGACAGAGAGGAAGCACGCAUGCUUGCCCGUCACAUCCGAAGCGAGAAACCAAUGACCCGCUCACAGUAUCGCCUGCAGACGAACCGAGAGAAGGUUAGAGUCCUGGAGGCGCCAUAUCUCGAGCCAGUUUUCAGCGAGGGCCUUGAAGCAAAUACAAGUCUCAACACCGAGGUAGAGACCUUGGAACGCUUCUUACUCGAGCGGCGCUCGGCGAAGCCCCGGGUGCCAGAAGGUGGUGCUGGGUCUUGGGAUUCUGGUGCAGAGGGCAUGGGAUCCAGUGGGCCUCAGUGCGUCGUCUGUCAGAGCAGUCCUCGGGUCAUUGUCGCAUGGCCAUGUGGCUGCCUCUGCGUCUGUGAUGAAUGCAGGGUUGGCGUUGCUACACGAAACUUUACGAAAUGCAUGUGUUGCAGGAUCAAGGUGGUCGCGUACUCGAGACUUUACGUUCCAUAGAUAUUACAUCCAUCCAUGAAUAUGAACCUGAUUUCCACUUCGAAA